UCAUCGAGUCGCGUUGUUGUCCUCAUCCAUCCAAAUCGCAAAAAUCCCCGUCACCAUGAAGCUCCGGCUGCGAUCGAUGGAGGCGCGCGGCGGCGGUGGCGCCGCCGUCGAGACCCACCGGGUGGAUCUGCCGCCCACGGCAACGCUGGCCGACGUGAAGGCCCUCCUCGCCGCAAAGAUCUCCGCGGCGCAGCCCGUCCCCGCCGAGUCCGUCCGCCUCUCCCUCAACCGCUCCGAGGAGCUCGUCUCGCCCGACCCCGCCGCCACGCUCCCCGCCCUCGGCCUCGCGUCCGGCGACCUCGUCUUCUUCGCCCUGUCUCCUCUCACAGUCCUCGCGCCGCCGGCGCAGGCGCUGCCCCGGAACCCUAGCCCGGGGUCCGGCUCUGCUCCGACCGCGAUGGCUGGCGAUGGCGGUAAAGGGUCGGAGCAGCCUGGCACCGGAGGUUCCUCGCUGCAGGUGCGAACGGUGGAUGUGGUGAUGGCGGAGGCCGUCGAUGCCACAAAGGGCUGGUCGAGUUUUGUGCUUAGGGAUCUCAAGAGGGAGAUGGGGAACGUCGGUGGCGCAGAGGGAACCGCCGCGGGUCGCCUGGUUGCGGCCCUACAUGCAGCUCUGCUUGAGGUUGGCUUCCUCACCACUGAUCCGAUGGGGUCACACCUCUCGCUGCCACAGGACUGGCCGUCGGUUGCUUCGAAGCCACUGGCCAUCAAGUAUACCAUACCGGAGCUUUCACCAAUGUCACCUGCUGCCGAGGAGGGAAAGGUGGCAGUGCUGAACUUCUCCUUGAUGGGAAAUUUCGUGAUGGUAUACGGGUAUGUGCCUGGGGCGCAGUCGGAGGUGUGCCGAUUGUGCUUGGAGUUGGCAAGGCUUGAGCCUUUGCUGUAUCUGGAUAGUGAUCAGCUGAGCAGAGUGCAGGAGAGGGGGAUUCUUGAUAUGUGGAGAGUGCUGAAGGAUGAGAUGUGCUUGCCACUGAUGAUAUCUUUAUGCCAGCUGAAUGGUUUGCGCUUGCCUCCGUGCUUGAUGGCUCUGCCUGCUGAGCUGAAGACUAAGGUCUUGGAUAUUUUACCUGGGGAUGAUCUUGCAAGGGUUGAGUGCACUUGCAAGGAAAUGAGGAAUCUUGCAGCAGAUGAUAGUCUUUGGAAGAAGUUUAUAGGGAAGUCCAAAAAUUAUGGUGAGGGUGCUAGAGGGGCCAUGAGCGCGAAGGCCAGGUUUGGAGAAGCUUGGCUGGCCAAUAAGAGGCGGCAGAAGAGGCCCCAUCCAAUCUUUUGGAACUAUGGCUGGGGAAACAAUCCUUAUAGCCGCCCACUUAGGCAGCCAUUGAUUGGUGGGGACUCAGACAGACUACCGUUUAUUGGUAAUCACGGUUCUGUUGGGCGUAACUUUGGAAAUCAACGAAGGAACAUCGUGCCGAACUGCAUUCUUGACGGUCACCGCCAUAACUUCCUUUGAAGUUUCUUUGGGUUUCCUUGUAUGCUAAGAGUAUUUUGUAAGAAGGGGUGCAUAGAUGGAUAGACCGUCUUGUUAAUAUCUUCAAGUUGCACACUUAUGCAUGUGCAGAGCACUCUUAUCCUUAUAUAUCCUUUUAGUAUCUUAGAUCCUGUCUCUUCUGUUUUUGUAUUUAUGAUACCGAUGUAAUCCAUGCCCUAGUAAUAAAGUACCCUCGUUCUAUUCUCA